CAUUACUCCGCCAUGGUGACUACGGGAGGCUUUACAUAAAUUUUCCACGCAACGAAACCCGGAGUUACUGAGCUCACCUGUGCGCUCAGGUGUCAAAGUGUAGCUGCUUAUUGCUCUCGCGUCCCGCGCCUCGUGCCUGUUAGUGUAGCUUUAGUUCCAUUUGUUUUGUUUGUUCUAGUAUUAGAUCAGUUUUGUGUGUGUGUGCGUGUGUGUGUGUGUUGUAUUUGUCUUCAAAUGACGGAGCAGGUAGACUACCUGGCGGUGCUGUUCACCGCCACAUCUGGCGCGAGCGGAGACCUGCUGGGAUCUGAUGAGAAGGAGCUCGUGCAGUUGGUGUGGCAGCUGGUGGAUGUGAAGAACAAAAAGUUGGGCAGGGUGAAUGAGCUCUUGAUUAAGCCUGAGCUCUCAGACCUGACAGAGCCAAAGGAGGAGGAGGAUGGGCUGGAGGUGAGAGCGGAGGAAGGCAGCAGAUCUGGAGCAGAUUGUGUCUCCACUGCCACAGACCUUGAGAGUGCAUUAAACCAGUUUCAUCUAAGAUUGACAAAUGAGGUGAACAGCGCAGGCGCAGGCACGUCAAUAUGUUUGUGUACAGACGGGCAGCUCCACAUCCGUCAAGUAAUCCACCCCGAGGCUGCGAGCAAGAACAUUUUGGUGCCAGAGUGUUUCUAUUCUUUCUUUGACCUGCGGAAAGAGUUCAGGAAGGACUUCCCCACUACUGAUCUGAAGUCUCUGGAUGUGCACCUCAUGGCAGAAUCUCUGAGGCUACCUGUUGAUCCGCCAGCCAUGUUCGAUCCAUCAGCCACGUUGCCCCCAGAGACAGCGGUACAGCAGGUCCAGAUCAUGGCCAACAUUGUCCUCGCGCUGCUUUCUGAGCCCUUAUGUCACACAUUUUUUCACCCAGAGAGAGUUAGUGAGAAGUUUGAGACUGGCACUUGCAGUAAGAUGGAGAAAGUGUGCGACAAUACCGUGAUCAGAGCCAGAGGGUUGCCAUGGCAGUCGUCUGACCAGGACAUUGCUCGAUUCUUCAGAGGACUAAACAUUGCCAAAGGGGGUGCAGCAUUGUGUCUAAAUGCUCAGGGGAGGAGGAACGGUGAGGCUCUGGUUCGUUUCGUCAGUGAAGAACACAGAGACCUGGCUCUACAGAGACAUAAACACCACAUGGGCAACAGAUACAUAGAGGUUUACAAAGCAACAGGAGAGGACUUCCUGAAGAUAGCAGGAGGUACCUCCAACGAGGUAGCAAUAUUCUUGUCCCGUGAGGACCAGAUCAUAGUGAGGAUGCGAGGUCUUCCUUUCACUGCCACACACGAGCAGGUGCUUGCCUUCUUUGCCCAGGGGGACGGUCCUAAAGAGGCCUGUCCCGUCAGCGGAGGGAAAGAUGGUAUCUUGUUUGUUCGAUACCCGGAUGGGCGCCCCACCGGUGACGCCUUUGUUUUAUUUGCCUGUGAGGAACACGCCCAGUGUGCUCUGAGGAAACACAAGGACAUCCUGGGGAAAAGAUACAUUGAGCUGUUCAAGAGUACUGCUGCAGAGGUCCAACAGGUGUUGAACCGGUACUCAUCAGCCCCUCUGAUCCCUGUGGCCCCUGCCCCUUUGGUGUCAGUGCUGCCCUCAGUGUCUCUCCUGCCCCCACCUGGUAGUGUGAGGGACUGCCUGAGGCUGAGAGGGCUGCCAUACACAGCUAGCAUAGAGGACAUCCUCACCUUCCUGGGAGAGUUCACACAUGACAUCAGGCCACACGGCGUGCACAUGGUGCUCAACCAACAGGGGCGUCCAUCAGGUGAUUGCUUCAUCCAGAUGACCUCAGCUGAGCGGUCCUUUAUGGCCUCUCAGCGGCUCCACAAGCAAGUGAUGUCCAGCCAACGUGGAGCGAACAGCCGCUAUGUGGAGGUGUUCCCCUGCAGUGCCGAGGAGAUGGGCCUGGUGCUGAUGGGAGGCUCCUUGUCACACACACAUACACACACACACAGCCGCAGCAGGAGUGGGACAGGGCUCAGUCCGCCGCCAUGUAAGUCCAGACGUUUGUCUCCACCAACCUACUCCUUCACCCCCGCACCCCCUGUCCUGCCUGCAGAGGCUGCUGCCCUCUACCCUCCUAUUGGCCAGGUGCUGCUGACUCCCCGCCCCCUUGCCCCAGGACAUGCGUACUACCCUGCCUCAGCUCAGCUAUACAUGAACUAUACAGCCUACUACCCCAGUCCACCUGGUUCUCCCACCGCUGUAGGUUUCUACCCCUCCCCCACCCCCAUCUCCUCCCCAGGUGGGUUGGUGCGCAUGCCUAGCCUGACCUACGGCAACGGAGUCAAAGAUCUCAUUAAUGCAGUGCAGGGAUACCAGUAUACCCCGGAAGAUGGUCUUGUGCACGCUCAUGGGCCUGUGCACGCUCACGACCCGGCCAGGACAUUGCUUACGCAGCCCAAAGAAUGGAGCCCUGCUGAGUCGGUUCCUCUCCUGAGCAGCAGUCUGAUUGGUCAGUCCAGCGGAGGUGAUGCUCCUCUGAUGCCCCUCCCCCCUCUCUUUACCAAACCUGGAGGGCAGUACCUGGAUCUGACCCUGCUGUAGGGUCACACACACACACACACAUAUAUAUACAAAGGACAUCUGACCACUGAGAAUAUGUCAAAGACCCCUAAAGUUUUCCUAGAUUUAAGAAAAUAAGUCUUUUAGCUGUGUUAUUUAUAUCUUUAAAAACAGAAAUUAAUGUAUUUUAUACCAAAUCAUUGUGGCCUUAGCCCAAAUAGAAGCUUUGUCUCAUAUUGCACAGUGUGUAUUUUAAAAGCUUUAUAGAGAUGUUUUAAUGUGUAAUGAUAUUAUAAUCACUAUGUUAUAUUUGAAUAUAUUUGCUAGCAAAGAUAGAGAAGAAUGACCUAGUACCAACUGAACGAAAUCUUGUCUGCGUGUGUGUGUGCGUGCGUGUGUGUGCGAGUGUGUGUGUGUGCAUGUGUGUGUGUGUGAAAGCAAUGAGAGUGAGUAUUAUGCAUGACUGUUGAUACGUUUUAAUACUUAAUCUGUUUAUAUAAUGCAUUUUAUGUGUUUAUAUACAUUUGAUACAAUACACAAUGAUUGUAUUGGAAGCUUUAGUGCAUGAAGAAGUUAGCAGUCGAACUUUGAGAUGUUUACAUAAUGCCAAAUACCAAUGCACUGCUAAUCAGUAAGACUACUAAUGAAUGCAUAAUAGCAGUAUCUUCUUUGAAUCACAACCUACAUGUUACACAAUGGGCAGCUGUCUGAGCUUGUCAAAUGGUCUGGUCCUUGCAUCGGACUUCACUUACAAAAAUAUGGCAUCUCACACUUUUGACAGCCCCUUCCUUCUCCUUUCCAUACCUUAUACAGGUCUGCUUCCAUGUUGUGUAAUGUCAAUGUUGUCUUGCCUUUUGUGUUGGACACAUAUCUGACCUGAAAACAGUCCCAGUUCAAGGUAACUUAACCCCAGGGCUGUGCUCUACUUCAAGAGGACUCAUGUCACAAACUCUCAGCUUACUGAAUGAAUCUCAGGAGCCAGAGGUGGUUUCUGACAGAUUUUAUUACAGAUUCUACUCGCAGAGGACAGGAAAGAUCUGCCAGUCCCUCACACUUUCCUUGUCUCCUCUCCUUCAUCUACGCUGAUGUCAGGGAACACAAUGAAACAACCCCGCCCCCCCAAACACACACAUAAAUCACUUUGCCAUAUCUGUUUUUACAGCUAGACCAUUUGUAGAUGACGGAGAGUUGAUCAGGAAAGGAAGCGGACAUUACUGACUUUGAUCCUGUGAAUCUGAUUCCCAUUUGUGCCCCGAGGAGUUCCUGUUUGGGCUCCACGUUGCUGUAAAGGUGUGCUGAGAGGAUCUAGGAUUUUAAGCUCCUGCUCAGGACACUACUGAAUAAUAA